AAUAUUUAAAUUUCGACUGUGGCGUGCGCUAUUUUGAACGCUGUCCAUUUAUGGCAUUUGGCCCACCAUAAGGACUGGUUUCAAGUGUCCCCGUUGUUUUACCACCCAUCCGGCUCUGUAUAUGGUAUCGCCCAACAUCUAAUCUGGUGCCCGCAUCUGUGUUCAGCCAGGCAUGGCACAGGACGGGGUCUGCCAUGCACCUGCUAUGUUAGCCGCGCUCUCAUUGGCGGACGCCCCUCCAUCGGCUGAUGACGUCUUCACGCCGUAUUUACACAGUGGUAACCAUUGCUGGUCCGGCCGUUGUCUACGCUCUGCUACCUCUCCGUCUUUCCCUUACAACAAGACCGGUAACAACAAGAUGCUUUUGACCCUCCAGGAGAUACCUUUUCACCAGCGUCCUCUACAUCUCUUGACUCUGGAGGAAGAGGAAUUUCUUUGGGAGGAGGAGGAGGAUCGAGAACUGACCCCCAGCGAGGCACUGCGGCUGGCCAUCACGGAUUACUGCCCCGACUACGUCCGGGCGCUGAUCGAGAAGUACCCGGGGAAGGUGCUCGAGGACGGGGGCAACUGUUGUCCGGCUAUCGUCCACGCUGUGUCCCGGGAACAGCCGGAGAUGGUGGACCUGAUCCUACGGCAUAGUAAGAAGGUGAGGGGGUUGGGAGACUACGUGAACCAGCGUAGCUGUCACCUAGAUCAGCAGCGUACUGCUCUACACAAGGCGGCGGAGCUGGGUAGUCUUCCCUGCGUCAACGUUCUGCUGCGGUACGGGGCGGACCCCACCUUAACGGACGCUACCGGGGCCACGCCCCUGGAUGUUUGUGUACGAGGGCCGCCGCCGGUCGAUCCGAGAAUACCUGUGCAACUCGACACCAAGUAUCUAGACUGUGCGCGGGCCCUUAUCGAAGCCUCACCGCCUAACAGUUACCAGGCUACCCUCGUCCGGGUCUCCCCAGAACACACGGUGUUUUCUCCGCUACGCCAGCGUCUCAGAGAACCACUAAGCCUGGUGGAACACUGCAGACUUGCCGUCAGAGCUGCUCUAGGACCACGGUACCUACCAGAGGGGGCCAACAGUCUUAGUCUACCAAAAAUGCUUCAGACGUAUAUUUUACUAGAAAAAUGAUUUUUUUUUAACAAAUGGACGUACGUGUGAGGUGUACUAGGUCUGAGAUUUCCACCAGAUGUUGUCUGUUAUUUAUUUUUAGCACUAAUGUGUCGUAAUCAGUCUGAUGUUGUACAGGUAUAUUUGUGGACGUGGGGUCACAGCGAUCUAUAUUGAAUAUGCAAAUACUGUCAUAUAUUAAGUCCUUCCCCCAACGUACGGUUUUUCACAUAUACGGUCUGGCAUGUCUGGUGGGUAUGCGUGUAUGUAUAUGAUACGCGACGUGCGGUAUUUCUAGUGAAAUUACAUGUUUUGCUGUGGAAUUGUUGUAGACAUACAUGUAUUAUCUAUCGCAGCGUGAAUGAGAACAUAUCACAAGACAUGAUUAAUAUAUUCAUUAAUAUUUAUGAGACAAUUACAGCACGUUGAUUUUAUAUCCCUGUCUGAAAUUUUAAUGACUCCCCUGACAAAUGAAUUGUUGUAUUAUGUAUCAUAUCGUUGUAUAUGUAUAUGAAAUGCUUUUAACUGUGAAAAGUUUUACUAGAUUAUUGUACGGCAUUUUACUAGAGCAUUUUAUGAAACAGGGAAAAAAUAAAACAUUCUGAUGUGUUG